GGCGCUCAGUUUACGUUUCGGCCGCGUCGCCUUCAGUUCUUUAGUGUUUCGUGUCCAGGCUGCACUUCAUCCGCGGAGGCGCCUGCGAUUGCAAGAGAAAGAGCAAAAACAGAAACCAAAGCCCAAAACUCAUUGUCAUUCAAAGCUUAGCAUAGUUGCUGCUCGAUUGUGUGUGAGUGUGCGUGAGUGCGUAGAACCGAAGGCGUCGGUAGUUUUCCGCAGGACCCCAGCGGAUUCCGUGAAGAGGGCGCAUCGCCUAGAAGCACUUCCUCCUCCGCAGACACCGUUGUAAUCUCCUUUUCCUGUUCCUGUUUCCGUUCCUGUUCCUCAGCGCGGACCACCAUGAAGCACUCGCCGCUGAUUGCCAGCGCUUGUCUGGCGCUGGUGUUGAUGUCAUCCAGCCUGAUUGGCAGCUCGGAGGCCAGAGCCAAGAAGAAGUACGUCGGCGAGACGGGCGGCGAUUUCGAGUUUAUCGAUGAGAUAAACAAAAACACGCAGAGCAACAAGAAUCUGGGCGAGCACAAGCGCUGGAUACACGAUCCCUCGAGUGACCUUUGCCGACCGCUGAACUGCAAGAAGCGUGAAAUUUGCCUGCUGGAGGACGAGUUCAGUGCCGUUUGCGUGUCGAAGAAGGAGCUCCACAAGAAUCGUGAUGAGAUAAUCACCAAGGCCAAGUACUUGGAGGAGGAGGCCAAGCGUCGUGUGAACCAGCAGGACAACCAGGACAGCCAGGACACCGAGGACAUCAACAACGACGACGAGGACACCAGCAGCGACGGCGGCAGCAGCAGCAGCAACUCGAACCCGGGCAGCCCCAACAAUGCCCAGGCCAAUGUCCAGGGCAACGAGGAGGCCGACGACGAAGAUAAGAGCCUCAGUCUUAGCGACGACGACGAGUCCAAGGAGGACGAUGUCUUCUACGAGAACAGCAUCGCCGCCAGCGAUAAGCAGCAGUCACAGCAGCAGCAGCAGCAACAACAGCAGCAAUCGCAGCCCCCGGCAGCCCAAUCCGCCAUUCAGCAGGACGACGACGAGGAGUUGGACAACUGCAAGCCGUGUCCUGUGGCCAAGCCAACGUUCCUGUGCGGUGCCGACAACAGGACCUACUCAUCACUAUGCAGAUUGGAUUAUCACAAUUGCAUACAUUCGACGUCCAUACGGAUCGCCUGCAAAGGAUUCUGUCCCUGCAAGGAGAACGUCGAUGGCAAGCGGCUGCAACGCAUCGGUGGCUACAACAAGUACAACAAGAAGAUCAACCUCGACCAGCAGCAGCAGCAGCAACAACAGCAGCAGCAGGCCUACAAGGACAGCAACAACAACAACAUCAUGAUGUCCAGCGGCAACAUUAUGGGCGGCAACAACAACGACUUUAAUACGAUCAUGAAUGAUAAAGAGGACAACAACAGGCACUACAACCACAUCAAUGCCCAGUACACUUUCACGCCCGAGGAGAUCAAGUAUGACAACAAGCACUACAAGUACCUCAAGUACACCGCCUACAAGAAGGACGCCAAGUAUCAGGAGGACAAGCGCAAGAUGCGAAACUACAACGAGGUGGUGGAGAAGCAACAGCAGAAGUUCAAUAAGAACAACAACUUGAAUGCUUACCCCUCGAAGUCGGCGGAGUGCAAGCCGCAGCAGCUGACGGCGAUCGGCAACAGGUUGCUGGACUGGUUCUCGGUGAUCAUGGCCGAUAGCAAGAAGCGCAGGCAGCACAGCCAGAAGUCGAAGGCCCACUUCCCGCCCGCCUGCAAGACGGAGGCGAAGUGGAUGUUCGGCCACCUGGAUCUGAACAACGACGGGCAGCUGUCGCUGCAGGAGAUGUACGACCUGGAGCACGACCAGAACGAGCGGUGCAUCAAGCCGUUCAUCGACACUUGCGACCUGGACACGGACAGCUCGAUCAACACCAGGGAGUGGUGCCGGUGCUUCGAGAAGACGGACCGCCCGUGCGCCGCCGUUCGCCGGAGAAUCGCCGGCGACUUUGCAGGUGAGAUAGGCGCCUACGCACCGGACUGCGACAUCCAGGGAUUCUACAAGCCCACCCAGUGCCACAGUUCGGUGGGAGUCUGCUGGUGCGUCGACAAACACGGAGUGGAGUUCGCCAACACACGCACACGCGGCAAGCCCAACUGCGAGUCCGUGGUUAAUAACGCCGCAUCGCUCACAUCCGAUGACGAGGACGAGGGCGCCGAUGACGAGGACAGCGCGGAGGGCAGCGCCGAUCAGAUCAUGGUCUUCUAAGCCCAGCAACAGCUCCAACUUGGGAUACCGAUUGCCCAGGGCCCUGGCGCAUCCAAUCAGCGAGCUAGCGUUAUAACAGAAAAUUAAUAUUAUUAUUAUUAUGAUUGCAAACAGAGAGAAAGCAAGAGAAACGUGGAAGUAAAAGCAAACGCAGCAGCGAAAACCCAAGCCCGAAAACAGAAACAUAAAUGUGCAGUAGCCAAGUAAGCGUUUUUGAAUAGAACUACGUAUAGCAAACAGCAGAAGCAGCAAAACACCCACACCCACACACACACACACACAUACAUUCUAACACCCUCACACACACAAUCCAAGCCGCCAAGGAUAACUAACAGGAGCCAGACGAAAAGGAGGGCGAAACUGAACAGAAAAUGUAGCAUAGUUGAAGGCGCAUCGCACGCAAAUUGGCAAAUCGCUGAUGCCAACAGUAGAAACCAGUGGAAAAACACCCCAAACCACACUUGUAUUUUUCGUUUUCAGUCAAUCAGCACAGCCACAUUUCCUCCUUUGUGUUAUCACUGUUGUUUGCACGGAUGGGUGACCUCAGUUAUCGUCCAGUUAUCCGUCUAUUUUAGCCUUUCGCAGAAGAAUUAGAUCCUUCCAAUUGUCCUCCUCUGCUUUCGCGCAAGCAAAACACGACACACGCUAAGAAUUCCGCCCAAAAAAAGUAUAUAAAAAUUUAUGUGAUAAGUUUUUGAAAUGAAUGAGAACGCGAACGAAGUAGGCAACUAACCAUCGUCACAGGCUAGCGACUCCAGGGCCCUCAGGAUCGAAGGAUUGCAGGAUUGCAGGAUCGAAGGACGAGACACAGGAACGUGUGGCCAAAAAAGUAAAGAGAGAGAGAGUAGUUUGAGAAGGGUUUUUGGUGGAAGCGAACUCAUAGUUGCAUAUGUACGAAACAUAAAUCGCGUUCAUUUAGUGUUACUUACCAGAUUUAUAGUGAGAGAUCCGGCGCUUGCAAGGCUUUGUUAGGAGGCUAACGUCGUUUGUAUCAGCACCUGCCAGGGCAAAAAACAGAAAGUCAGCACCUGCUUUUAUGUAAACCGAUUGUCAGAAAUACACCCACACCCACACACGCACUCCAGUACAUUUUGGGCAUCCAAAAUCCGGGAGGCGCAUUGAAAUUUCCACACACUCGUAGGACAUACGACAUUAACUUAAGGGAAGGACUCGGCAAGAGAUUCGAUAAACGGCAAUUCGCUUAUACAUGCAUAUAUAAAUAAAAAUAUAUAAUAUGUUUAACAUGUAAGUAUAUAAGAGGCAUAAUUAAGUGGCAGCAAACCGCAGAUCGUCAGACCGCAGCUCAUCCUCAAUUUUUUUAAUUCCGCCCUUCGAUAUUUUCCAGACGAGAGAAUUAAUAAAAUACAAAUAAUUAAAUCGGAAUUUUAACACAUUUAUGAGCGAAAAGGAUAAAAACGUAAAAAUGCUUGCAAAAAACGAAAUUAUAUAGCCAAUUGUAGUAAACAAAACCAAUGCAUAUAAAUAAACCUUUUAAUUAUAGCAAAAAUUUAUAACCAACAAAGAACAUUAAUAACAAUCAUUUGCGAUCAAGCGAAGAGUGGAGAAAAAUAUCUGUUUUCGGCUGCAUUUAAAGCAAAGAGCAAGAGAAAAUCGAAUACAAAUUAUUUGUGGUGAACACCCUAUAACUGACUAUGUACUACGAUUACGAUUGUAUUUAUGUAUGUAUUUAUGAACUUGUGUAUUAUUAUGCAAAUUGCAUUAAAUCUAGGGAACCGGAAAGGCAGCCACCAUAGAAACCGAAAACUAAUCUAGAACAGAUCUUGGCACUGAACAUUUUCCCGAACUCAGUUAUCGAACAUUGUUUUCCCGCAAUUUACUUUCAUAAAUAUCAAUUCGACAUAGAAUCAUAAUACGUACGUAAUGCAUUUGGAAAAGAUUUAAGAAUACCAUAUACUUUGAUUCGAUAGCACAGGUUUUCGUUUCUACUAACUACGAUUCGUUUAUGUAUGGAAUGAUGAAAUCAAUAAAUAUUAUUUAAUGCAAUUCAA